AUGUUAUCAGCACGGACUUUAGCAUGGAUCCCUGUUAUUGUGGGCGCACUGCUGUAUCGCGCCGGAGACCUCCUUCAGAAUGGCGUUAUCUUUCGUUCCAAUUUUCCCCGCGGAUACAUAGCAAACGGAAAUUACUCUUCAGAAUGCGAAGUUGUACCCAGAUACGCAGAUUCUCCCUCUGAAAAUCUCAGCCUUUGUGAAGACGAAACGUUUUGGGAACUGUUCGAUACGCAGGGCGAAGUCGCUGAACGUGCUGUUAUUGUUAGCUGUGAUCCCGGUCGCAAAACUUGGAACACAGUAAUGGGUCCUUUACUUGACCCAACGCCUCAUGGAGGAUUGUGGAUUUACGUGUCGCCCGAUGACACGACACGACGCUCAGAUGGAAGCAUUUUGGAUCCAAGUCUGCCUGUAUACCAGGCACAUCGAAUCACACUGAAAAAUUACCCUGAAGGCCACGACUUCCAUCCUCUAGGAUUAGAAAUAUGGCCCUCAUAUUCCGGCAAUUCUUCAAAUCUCUACGUCAUUAAUCAUGCUCGAGAAGCUACUGUAAUUGAACACUUCCUUCUGAAUCCAGCACAUCCUACGGAGGCAAUGCACAUCCGCACCCUCCGAUCUCUGCAUUUCCACUCGGCGAAUGGUCUGGCACUCACGUCUCCUGACUCUUUCUAUGUGGCCAAUGACCAUCUCGUAACGCGUCGCCUACCGGUGUUAGGCCAUAUUCUUCCUAUGAUUGAGUCGGUUCUCAGCCUCCCGUCGGGUUUCGUUUCACACAUUACACUCAAUAAGCACACCCCCACAGAGUCCAAAUCCAUAUCCGAAGAAGUUUUUGUCAAACUGUUCAUCCCUUUCGCGAAUGGCCUCGCCAUAUCUUCAUCGGGCACGCAAUUGGCCUUAGCAUCCACCUCUAUGGGCGAAAUUCUGCUCUAUGAACGUGAUCCUAAAACAAACAAAUUGAAGCGUAAGACAGACACGAUCCGCCUGCCAUUCUUUCCGGAUAACGUAAAUUUCUCUCCUUCCUCCGAAGGCGUUGAAGAAAUUAUUGUUGGUGGCCAUCCCAACUUCCCAGACCUCAUUGAAGUCGCCGAAGGCAAAAGCGCAGGAUGUCCGUCAUGGGUUAUUGCCAUCGUCCCGCAGGAGAAUAGCAGAGGCGAGCAAAGCAUUGUUUUCGAUCAAGAUGCACCGGUGUCAUUGAACAGUAAGAUCCGGAAAGUUGGCCCCCGUUGGACCAUGAAAACUCUGUUUCAGAGUGAUGGUGUCGAGGAGAAGGGGGGUUUCUCUAGUUCAACGACUGGGCUAAUGGAUCCCAAUACCGGUGCCUUGUAUGUGACAGGAAUCUACUCUCAAGGUGGUAUGAUGGUUUGCACACCCGGUUCCACGAAAGUAAACUAG